AUGGCGGCAAAGGGAUACAGAAUCCUCCGGAGGCCAUGGCGAGUAAGGCGGCCACUCUACUGGGGCAUGGCUUUUGAGUUGCUCGGCAUCGUUGCCGUCCUCGUGCUCUUUGGAAUCCAACAACCAGACGUUUUCCGGACACAAUUUUGGGAGAUCGGCCAUCUCAUGAAAUGGAAUUCAUCACCAAACAUGAUUCUCUACGCAUACGCCAACCACCAACCACUACCCAAGAUUCCCUUUGUAUGGUCACAACUAUUAACAAACUUCAACGUCGCCAUCUCCGUCGUCUCCCUCUUCGUCCUGCUCGUCAAGAUGAUCAUGAUCAUCAUGAAGUUCUUCUACCCCAUCCUCGGUCUGAUUGUCAGUCUCAGCCUGACGGUCCUCUACGCCGUCUCCGCCUACGGCCAAGCCGGCCCCGACUAUGCCGACCCCAAGUACCCUAGUCCUGUGCCCUGGUACAUCGCCAAGUCGUGCUCUGUCGCGAGGCCGUUCAACGCCGAGAAGAACUGUCAGAUUGCCAAGGGCGCUUUUGCUGCUACCAUUUACUUGAUGUUCCUCUACCUCUGCAACUUCAUCCUCUCCAUCUGGUCCAUGUGGCCCAACAAGAUGCUCGACAUGUACGACGACGACGACGAUGACUCCUCGGACAACGAGCAAGAGACCAAAAGCCCUUCAAAGGGCAAGCAGCCCGUCGUCAACGUCACCGCUCUUCACGGCGGCAUCGGCAUCAUGAACAGCAACGGCAACAGCCCCGGUACACCGGGCUAUUACGGAAACAAGGAGUGGGAGAUGCAACCCACUAUGCACCAGCGGCACCAGCAGCAGCCUCCUACGAGCCCUAGGGCGAUGCACAUGUCGGGUGCAGGUGGGGGUGGUGGUGGUGGUGGUUAUGGCUACGGGGGUGUAGAGGCGCCGUUGUUCACGCCUAGGACGCAGGCUUUCCAUACGCUAGAUCGGAGGUUGCCUUUGAGGAGCGGUUAA